UACAGUUUCAUUUGUUCCCCAUUAAACUUCAAUUGGAAGCACUGCAUCUGCAAAUGUUAACAAUAAAUAUAGAAUAAAUUCAAUCGCGAUUAACAUGUCGUUAAGUUUACAAUUGUUGUUUUCUUAUUGUUGAGAGAGCAGUUGAUUUGCAGGUAAUUGGCACAAUUACCGCCUAAUUCCGGCCCAGAAGCAUCAAAUCUAACCUAAAGAUGGAUUUGAUGGAGCAACUUUUGUGUCCUCAAGUGUGCAUGGACGUCGAAGAUACUCCCCUGGAGAUCGAAGCACCAACUAAUGAACCAGAUGAAUCUCCUGAAGCUGAUUUGAGCUCUUUACCAAUUGAAUUACGCGCCAGAGUAAUAUUGGAUAAUGAGUUUGAGUUCUUGCCAGAGCAAGUGCCUCAUGAGCUUCUUCCAAGUGAGGAAGCAGUUCUCAAAGAAGAAGACUUCUCACAAGUGGAUUACUUAAAGAAUGCAAAACUGCAUUGCACUGCAUGUAACAAACAUAUUGGUACAGCACUAGUGGAACAAUUAGACAGAUAUAUUCAUCCUGAGUUGAACACACUCAUGUGUCACAAUUGUUUCAAGUUCUAUGGCAGUGGAGUUUUUGAAAAGGAUGAAGAUGGUAGUGAAUUAUACUGCAAAUGGUGUGGGCAAGGUGGGACAGUCAUGUGCUGUUCAGACUGUCCACUUGUAUUCUGCCAGAAUUGUGUUAAAAAGAAUUUAGGGAAUCAGAAACUUGCUAGCAUUAAAAACUCUGACAACUGGAGCUGUUUCAAGUGUGAUCCUGAGCAAAUUUCUAAGUUUCACAUCACCUGCCAUGUAUUGCAUGAGUAUACUAAUAAACAAUUGAGGUAA